AUGGCCCCUCAGUCAGAAGAUCCUGACGUGAACAUGAAUCAAUCGGUAGAUGAUAAUGAAGAUAUGGAACAAAAGAUUAUCAAUGAGGAGUACAAAACAUGGAAGAAGAACAGUCCUUUCCUCUACGAUAUGAUUUUAAGCACUGCGCUCGAAUGGCCUACCUUGACAACUCAAUGGUUUCCUGAUGUUAAAGAACCAGCAGGGAAGAACUAUUCCGUCCACAGACUUCUUAUCGGUACUCAUACCUCGAACGGCGCACAGAACUAUCUACAAAUUGCCAAUGUCGAGUUGCCAAAAAAUGUCACCCCAAACCAUGUUGAUUACGAUGAGGAUCGAGAGGAGAUUGGAGGUUAUGGGAAAUCAUCAUCUGGGGAACAGGCAGCGAUUAAAAUGACCAUCGAGCAGAAGAUCGAUCAUCCGGGAGAGGUUAACAAAGCCAGAUACCAGCCACAAAACCCAAAUAUUAUAGCUACUAUGUGUGUUGAUGGCAGAGUUUUGAUCUUCGAUCGUACCAAGCACAGUAGCCUUCCUAAAGGUGUUGUCAGCCCACAAAUUGAGCUUAUAGGACACAAGAAGGAGGGAUUUGGUUUAGGCUGGAAUCCACACGUUGCUGGUGAGCUUGCGACUGGUAGCGAAGACAAAACAGUCCGAUUAUGGGAUCUCAAUACUUUGCAGGCGAACGACAACAAGUUGAAGUCGAGUAAAGUUUACACCCACCACACUUCUAUCGUUAACGAUGUCCAAUAUCACCCCUCCCACAAAUCUUUGAUUGGAACAGUCUCAGAUGAUUUGACUUUACAAAUCCUCGAUAUCAGACAACCAGAUACAGAUAAAUCAGUUAGCACAGGCAAAGGUCAUACUGAUGCCAUCAACGCACUCGCUUUCAACCCUGCAUCAGAAUUUGUCCUAGCUACCGCAUCAGCAGACAAGACCAUUGGUCUUUGGGAUUUGAGAAAUCUCAAAGAGAGGCUUCACACACUGGAAGGCCACAUGGAUGCUGUUACUUCGCUUGCUUGGCACCCAACUGAAGAGGCUGUAUUGGGAAGUGGCAGUUAUGAUCGCAGAGUCAUUUUCUGGGAUCUUAGCAGAGUUGGCAUGGAGCAAUUACCAGAUGAUCAGGAUGAUGGACCACCUGAGUUAUUAUUUAUGCACGGAGGUCACACAAAUCAUCUUGCUGACUUUAGCUGGAACCAAAAUGAACCAUGGGUAGUAUGUAGCGCAGCAGAAGACAAUCUAAUUCAAAUUUGGAAGGUCUCAGAAGGAAUUGUAGGAAAGGAUAUUGAGGAAAUUCCUAUGGAUGAGCUGGAGCACUAG